UUACGUAUUUUACCGGAAUUAUACCGAUUUUUUUUUAUACAACGUCGCUACUGUCGUUGAUCCAUCUUAAAAAAUAUAUAAAUAUAUGCAUAUAUAUGUACAUUUACAUGUCAUCUGUAUCCAGUUUAACGCAACAUAAUUUAAUCUGAAAAUAAAAAUAAAAUAGAUUAUAAUUAUAACAAGAAAUGUCCCAAAAUAAUUCAUUUAAUAGCAAUGACUGGGAAAGUGAAUUUGAUGAAUUAUCUCGACCUAUUCCUGAUCAAGUUUUGAGUGUAUAUGAAGUCUACGUAAAAGGAGACAGUCCGCAAGAUGAAAGGAGUAAUAUCUCUGAUAUGUCUGGCGUUUCUAGUGGAAGUGAUCAAUCAUUGGUUCAGGAAUUUGAUUCAACGGAUGGAAUUGAUACCAAUGUCAUUAAAAUUUUUGGGAAGAAAAUAGACCCGCAAUUAGCGAGAAACAAAAUAUUAUCUGAAGAGAAUAAUGAGUCUGUCCCCUUGUCGGAAAUUUCAUCAAAUGAUUCAACUUCUACACGUCUGAUUGAUAAGGAUGAUCCACGAUCACGACUUCAUUUUGUAAAAUAUCUUAAACGUGACGGAAAGACUUUAAAAAUAUGGGAGUGCGGUAUCUGUACUAAGGAAUUUCGACACCAGUAUACAUUGAUGAGACACUUGCCGACACACACAGACGAACGUAACUUCAAGUGCGAAGCUUGCGGUAAAGCAUUUCGUCAACUUUCAACUCUGAGUCAACACAAAGCUAUUCACAGUGACGCAAGACCUUAUGUGUGUGAAUUUUGUAAAAAAACUUUCAACAGAGUUUCAACAUUAAUAUCCCACAGAAAAACUCAUUCUGAGAAUAAGCCUCACAAGUGUAAUGUUUGCGGCAAGGGAUUUCAUCAAAAAGGUAAUUUGAGAAAUCACAUAUUUACACACACAAAUGAACGCCCCUAUAAAUGUGAUCUCUGCAACAAAGGCUUCAACCAAAUGUCCAAUCUCGUUUGUCAUAAAGUUAAGUCACAUGCUCAUGUAGAAAAAAUGCAAUACUCAUGUGGUAUUUGUGGGAAAGAAUUCCCAAGACGAUUCGCUUUGCGUUCACAUGAAGAAGCUAAUCACGGAAUUAAGUAUCGAAAUUCAUCAUCUUCCCAAUCACGUGUCAAUCAAUCGAAAAAAAAUAUACGGAUCGUUGAAUUGCCAAAUGCUAAUGCUAAUGAUAAUGACAAUAAUAAUAGCAAUAGCAAUAGCAAUAGCAAUGAUAAUGACAGUUACAGUUUGGUUGAUAGUGAUGAUAGAGUUAAUAAAAAGGUUAAAAAUAUUACUGGAGACGCGACGGGAAUAGAUAAUAUUUUGGUUGAUAAAAUAGAUACUAAAGCUAUGGAUAGUACUAUUGUACAAGGACAAAUACCUUUUGCUUUGUACAAACCGUCUGAAGGAAUUCCCGUUCUUGUUAAAGUUACUCAAGCUGGACUUAAUCAUCAUAUGCUAAUACCAGCAAGUGCUGAAGAUUUACGAGUAAGUGGUAAAAUAAGUCCAUCAUUGAAUUUAGAACUCGAUAAUAAAUCUGUGCAAGUUAAAGUCCCAGUGGUCGCAACAGUGACACAAGUUAUUGAUGAUCAAGGAAACUCGACAUUUAAAGUAGAACCGCCUUCAGAUUGUGAUCAAGAUCCAGAUGAAAUAUGUUCAACGGAUAAUUUAUUAGCGCGAUUGGAUUCACAAUUAAAUAAAAAUUCAGUUGGAGAAUAUGAGCAAUACAGUGAACCAAGUCGCAGUAGCUCAAUAAAUGAUUGCAAUGAAUUACUUGAACUUGCAGCCCAAGGUGGUAUUCAAUUUGUCCGGGCGACCGAGGACGGUCGUUAUGAAGUUAUGAGCAACACCGAGGCACGCGAUCUAAUGGAACAGAAUUCGCACGACGUAACGAUACUUGAUGGUGCUGAGGCUGAAGCUAUUAACAUAUUUAAUGCACGAAAUAACAUUACCGAUGAUGAUCAGAUGAUUGUUGAUGAUCAUAACGAUAAUCAGAUAAUGGUUUUGGAUGCUGGUACCACACAAAAACAUAUUUUAACUGAUGAUAUUGAGAUACAUGAUGACAAGGACAUUAGAAUACUUGAAUCAAAGAGUUUUGAUGAACGUUUUGUUACCGACAUGGCUUAUUUUUCGGGUAAUAAAUUUAAUGAUUUUAUUCUUGGUAACAAAUCGAUGGGAUUUGACUCGGGAAUUUCAAUGAUAACAACCGACGACGAUCUGAUGGCUUCCCAUCAAGACUUAUCAAAUAUAUUAGAGCACAGUGACAUGUCAAUUCCAAUAAAUUCACAGCCCAUGUUGCCCCUAUUGGCAACUAAAAAUGAUUCAAUGUCAAUGUUUGAAACUCUGUCGUAUUUGAAAAGUGCUCGUGGAAUUACAGAUGACUAUGGUGCUCUAAAUGUCGAUGGUACAUGUAUGGAUAAUUCAAUAGACACUUAUGACGAUAAGUUUGAUUUAAGUGAUACGAGUUUUUUGUCAAUGGCCCAAGAUAUGAAAUUAUUUAACGGACGAAUUAAUCAACCAACAAAAGUUGCUUUGCCAAGUUUUACGGAAAUGAAACUGCUUGGAUCAAAGUAUCAAGAGUUUGAGGCUGCUACGCAGUUACACGAUAUCAAGAUAUUUGGGGGUUAUGAUCAGUACUUGAGGCCUGUCAAUGGCUAUCGUCCUAUUGAUCAUACCAUCAAUAACAUCAAUAACAUCCCUUGUGUUAAUCCGAUUAAUCCUAUUCCGCCAACGGCAACAAUACUCGAGUCAAUAGAUAUGCGCAAAGAUAUUAAAGUACACCAGAACCAAGAUGGUUCUUACGGAAACAAAUUACUGGAUGAUUUACAAGAAGAAAUUUUUAUAAAGGUCCCAUCCUUGUUUAAAAACCCUUCCACGAGUUCCUCAACCAUGACUCCCGAUUAUCCAAGUGAAACGAGACACGCGGACAAAAAUAUGCCGGACACCUUUUUCCAAGCCAGUACUUCUUUCUGCGAUUCCGAGUAUCUCAAUUUCGAAGCACGGAACGUUGAGAGUCCUAACAGCCAAACAAACAAAGUAUUUACCCUCGAUAGUCUACCAGACCUCAAUUGAUCGCUGGCUAUAGUAAUUGCUUUCAGCUAGAUCCCUCUUACUUUUAUUUUUUUCAUAUAUAUAUAUAUAUUUAUUUUUUUUUCACGUCUUUAUUUUAUUUAAAUUUUUUUAAAAACACGAAUUAUAGAUGAAAUAAUACAACAAGCGUCCGCGUUAAUUAUUAAAAUAAGUGUAUAAAAAUCCGUAUCUAUUGUUGGUAAAAUAAAUUGUUUUAAACCGACGAUUAUUGUAAUAACCUUCAUUUUUUUAGUCAAAUACAGCCUGUGCAAAAAAAAAAUGUAUCUAUAUUAUUUAAGAAUUUGGAUAAUUCUCGUUAAAAUAUCAGGAAUUUAAGUUGAAGAAAUUCUGAUUACAAUAAUCACCGGAUGAAAGGUGAGAAAGCAUUAGAACAGAAUCUAUAGUCUAGAGUUGUAGACAAUCCGAGGAUAAUCUGAAGCUCUGACAAACUGGACGAACAUAAAACUGCUUUGAGAUAAAUAAAAGUUAUUCACUCUGCUAGCAAACUAAUAGAAGCAAGUUAUUCUAAAUACAGAAAGGGAGAAGAUAGGAGAAGAUGUUCUUAGUAUUCGUAUUCGGAAGAACCGUGAGAACAAUACCGUUAACAGCGACGAGUCUGUUUGUAUACAACAGGAGUAGAGGUAGAGAUAUAGAGAUACAGAGAUACAGAAAUGCGUAGAGGUUAAAGUAGCACAUCUGACGGUCAAAGUUCGUAAGGGUAGAGUAUAACGGACUUGAGCUGACCAAAGCCCUUUCUUGCCCGGGGAUCCGGAAAAGCGUUUUUACGACUGACGAAGCUAACUGCUUUUGGUUAAAUCCAGUCCAAGAAAAUGCCCACUAGAUAUAUAUUAUAUAUAUAUAUAGAUAUAAAAGCUAAGAGUAGAGAGAGGUUACUCGCGUUUUAUCUUUCUUUUCCUAUAUAUAUAUAUACUAGUUGGGAACCGUGCGAAUCUAUAUAUCUACAGACCAGCUGCUGACUUUAAUAAGUCAAAUUAAAUUCAUACUAAAGAGAUAUAUACUCUGUUAUAUCUAUAUAGAUAACUCUACUUGUUUUAUAUAUCUAUAUUUUAUUUGAGAUUAUUCGUUGAUCUUACUCAGACAUUAACGCUUAUUUUUAUUAAUUAUCUUGUGCAUUACUUUAACAGUUGUCAUUCUAAAACUUUGUUAAUCUUCGUGUUGUAUAAU